AUGCCUCCUCUGCAUGGAUUUUCUGACAAUCUUUUUCGCGAUAAAGAUGAUGUGAUUGUCGCGACAAAGGCCAUUGUUCAGGCCCUUGAACCAUAUUUUUCGGCAGGACAAGCGAGGGUACGGCUACCUACUUACUCAGGAGCACAUUUCGAUGAAUCAGCGGCAGACCUAGAAGGCUUUGCACGACCCAUCUGGGCUAUAGCUGCUGCGUGCACAGCAUUAUCCCCCACGGCGGACCCAACCCUCAAGGCGUACGCAGAUCGCUUGGCAUCAGGGCUUGCCAACGGAGUUGAUCCAGUGCAUCCGGAGUACUGGGGGGCAAUAGAAGACUGGGACCAACGCAUGGUAGAGGCAGAGGCAAUAUCAUUUGCGCUCCUUCUAGCUCCAUCCACUUUCUAUGAGCCAUUAUCAGCCCAAAGUCGCAACCACUUGGUCCAAUGGCUAUCGGGGCUCAAUGGGAAAGUGAUGCCCAAAAACAACUGGCGCUGGUUUAGGAUCUUUGCAAACCUUGCGCUCCAUAGGGUAUGCGGCCUUCCUUACGAAAAUGUUAAACAAUCAAUCCAGGAAGACUUCGCUCUCCUCGACACGUUUCAGUUGGGCAGUGGCUGGGCUGCGGACGGCCCUUGGAGAAAGGACGCGACAGAUGGAGAGGAGACAUACGGUCGCCAGGCAGACUAUUACUCCGGUAGCUUCGCCAUUCAGUUUAGUCAACUGCUGUACACUAUAUUCGCUGCUGAGUCGGAUCCCGAGCGUGUAUCUCGAUACAUCCAAGAGGCGCGACAGUUCGCCGAUCAGUUCUGGAGGUAUUUCGACGAAGAAGGCGCACCCAUUCCAUUUGGUCGAUCCUUAACCUAUCGAUUUGCUAUGGGCGCAUUCUAUGCAGCAUUUGCACUGGCCAAGGCCUACGAUUCCUCAAGCCCUUACACAUCGCCAGGAUUCAUUAAGGGAAUGCUGCUUCGCCAUUUGCGGUGGUGGGCCACCCACUCUGAUAAUGUCUUCGCUUUGGACGGAACCCUCACCAUUGGUUACCUAUACCCGAAUAUGUUUAUGUGCGAGGAUUAUAAUUCACCUCAGUCACCGUAUUGGGCUAUGAAGAGCUUUAUCAUGCUAGGACUGGCGACCAACGAUGAUUUCUGGGCGGCAGACGAGCUCCCUCAUCCAUUGACCUCUGCUGGCGAAACAAAGUCACUUGUGUCAGGGGUCCAGUUGCUCUCGGCACCUUUCCAGAUAUUGUGUGAUCACCCAGCAGGCCAGCAUCACUUCAUGAUUUCUGCUGGCCAGUUUUGUGUCUGGCCCCUUAAGGCGACACAGGCCAAGUAUAGCAAGUUCGCAUAUUCCUCCUCGUUCGGGUUCAGUGUUCCAACUGGGCUUUUGUUGACGCAAAUUGCUCCAGAUAGCACCCUCGCUAUCAGUAAUGAUGGGGGAGAGACCUGGACCACGCGAUGGCAGACAACUGCCAGUCCUACCAUUGAGACGCUUCUGAUUGAACAUGAGGAGGUUCAAUGCCUACGCAGCGGGUGGAGGCCAUGGCAUUCAGGCAGCACAGAAAUCCACACACUCCUUGUUCCUCCUUGUGACAAGUGGCCAGAUUGGCAUGUUCGAGUUCAUCGUAUUCGGGACACCCGGCCCGGAUCUUCCACUAUUGAAAAGCUUAGACUCGUUGAAGGGGCCUUCUCGAUAGAAGUGAAACAACCACGUCACAUGCCCGUCUUAACGGAGGGCUGGGCUGCAACAGCAGACAGCCAGGAUGUCGUCCUCGGGGGUCGCAUGGAAUGUGACACAGGUUCACUAGUUAUUGGCGAUGGUGACGCCACCGGCAUCAAGAAUUUGUUCGCUUCGGGAUGUUCACUAGAAGGCAAAGUGCUAAAGCCGGAUCCAAACACCAAUCUAAUGGCCCCGCGAACGUUGAUUCCUACUAUUGAGCAUGAGAUCUGCAGUGUACCAGGACGAGAGGUCAUCAUUGCUACUGCCGUAUUCGCUGUUAGCAAGGGCAAGAGACGGUUUGCCCGUAAGGAACUUUUCGAGAGGUGGUGCCAGCCUCCUAAUUUACCGGAAGAAGUCUUGGCGCUCGCAUGUAUGUAA